CACCCAAACAUUCGCUAUCUUUGUUCUAGCCCUCCCGCCUAUUCACGUCGUCCCGAAGCCCUCUAAACUACCGGAAAGGAACGAUGAUGAACACUCUGGCAUGCUCGCUCGCCGUGCUGGCCUCUGCGUCGGCGUUUGUACCCCCUGCACAGCUCCCACGAGUGGCUUCUUCCAACAGCGGGAUGAGCAUGCAGGCGACCAAGUCGAAGUCUCUGCCCUUCAUGCCGCAGCCCGCUAAGCUUGACGGCACCAUGGCUGGGGACGCUGGGUUCGACCCCUUGGGCUUCUCUAACUUCAUCCCCCUCGACUUCCUGCGAGAGGCGGAGUUGAAGCACGGACGCAUCUGCCAGCUGGCCGUCGUUGGUUUCGCGGCGACGGACUUGGGCUUCCGCCUUCCCGGCGCAGAACACGCCGUGGCGUCGAUCGCUGCGCACGACGCCGCGGUGGCUACCGGAGCGAUGCCGCAAAUCCUUCUGUGGGUGAGUGCCUUCGAGGCCAUCUCGACUGUGGCCGUCAUCCAGAUGCUCGAGGGCUCCGGCCGUAUCCCGGGGGACUUCGGCUUCGACCCCUCGAACCUCUACAGCCGGCCUGAGUUGGCGAAGAAGAAGGCGGACAUGGAGCUGAAGGAGAUCACCCACUGCCGUCUUGCCAUGUGUGCCUUCGGCGGCAUGGUGACCCAGGCCGUGCUCACCAACAGCGGGUUCCCUUACACGGGCUAACUCGUCUCGUGGCGGAACAGUUUUUGUUUGUCAAGUACUGGCUCUUUUUUUGGUUGUCGGGUCUCUGUUGGACGGCGGAAUAUGGCUACCGACCACCGCGAUCGGGGCAAUUUGUUGGCGGUAUUUUGCUACGUUGCGAUAGAUUCACCCCUGCUUCACGACUCGCGUGGCACGUCGGGUCCCCCCACAAGAAGUACUAACUGGGGGAAACCCUACGGGCUGCAUCACCCCGGUUGAUCAACUCGUGGCACGCUGCGAUCGAAUAGAUGCCGUUGCUGGUACGUUGCCGUGAGUCUUGUUGUAGAGGAGGGGUUUUAAACGGGUGUGGAGAGAAGCUUGCGGCGAAGUCGACUUUUUGAGAGAAACACAGACAAGCUCAGUUAAUAGUAGUUUCUGCUGUUCCUCUCUCGGUUGUCUGAGGUUCUUGUAGCCGGUAUAGAAGGAGUGUUUCGUUAGCCCGCCCCUCUUCUUGCUUUUAACGCUGUUGCGAACCAUGGCACGGGUCCGUUUCGGCGAUUGCCCCUCUCUCCUCUUUCCUUUAAUUCAAGUUUUUGUUUUUUUGUUUGUCGGAGGUCUCCUCCUGUGUUGUGCUGGCGGUUGGCCGCUGCACGUGCACCCGUUCACAUUUUGCACAUGAGAGCCCUAAACGCAAGUCUUUAUUUCGUUGGGCUGUGCGGUGUCUUCCACCACAAGCUGCUCGCCUCCCUACAAUAUCCCUCACGGCUUCAUCCAUGGGUUGGUGGACAGCGGCAGUAAGGUGCAAGAAGAACCGAGCCUCUCUCGCCCUUGUAACGGAUGUUGCGUCUCGCGGCUGUGCGGAAUGUGUGGGGCGAUUCAUGAAGCAUUCGCGACUGGUAUGAUGUGGAGGUCUCGAUCCGCUCGUUCGUUUGGUUCCGUAGCCAGUCACAUCUAUCUGUGUUUGCACCCGCACGCCACGAAACAAGUCGCGCAUGCGUGUACCAUCGCGAUUUUCCUUGUGUAAGGUAGCUGGAAGGAAAGGACUGUGGAUGAUACCCCAAAACAACCGCGCAAGUUAAACCUACAUUCCUGUAGGGUACUCCGGGGUGUUUUCCGGCAAGUGAAAAAUCUGAGCUUGGCACUGCAUGCUUGCACCACAGUGCAACGUCAACACACACACAUGUAAAUGUCCCUUGUCGGCCAAAACGCUUGGGGUCUCAGGCUCGAAAGUAGCCCCGGGAGCGGUGAAGCACAACCCCCAAUGCCCCUCGCGUCACCACCACAUGACGUACGUUGGUAAAUCAAAGCCCGGUUCCGUUUCAAGUGAGAGAACCUCCCACUCCCGUCGUCUACUUCCUAAAAGACACCAAACUCUUCCUAAAACCACGAAGUGCUUGGCCACGAGCCGUGGCUAUAAACCAGCCAGCAGCUGCCCGAGGCGUUGAGAGAUCGCAUCCUUUCUAGAACGGAAGUCAACCAAGUCAACCAGAGAUUGAUCGCCACAAAGAUGGUCAGCGGCGACCGGAGUUUUGGAUACCCCACCCUCUCCUUGUAGACACGUAUUGCCAAGAAGCCCCGACACCCAGGCCUUGGUGCGCUUUAGCAACG